GGCCCCGCGAUGCGGCGGGGACCGGGCGCGGGGGGCGGGAGGCGGCGUCGGCGAGCGUCCUCCUUUUGUGCGAGCGCCGGCGGCUGGGGCUUCUCGAAGGUAAACAGCGUUUCCUCUUCCUCCUCGAGGCGUCUCUUCCUUUUAUAGUUAUUUCUCGCCUGGCACUCGCCGGGGCCGCUGCCGCCGCCGCGCCGGGGCCGCUCGCGAACCUGUGGCGGUGACGUGAGAGCGGCCAACCCGGAAACGGCGGCUCCGCUCCCCGCGCCCCGCGCCCCGCGCCCCACGCCCCACGCCCGCUCCGCAGCUCGCCCGGCCGCCCGCCAGGAGAAGAAACUGAGGCCUGGAGUUUGAGUAAUUUGUUCAAGCUUACCAAGUUGGAUCAGACUGGAUGGUGACCUGGGUCUCUAGAUCCCAGAGAAUUGUAUACUUUUGAGUCCCUUGCUGAAGUUCCCUGGUGAGUCUCAGAAGAUAGAGGGACAAGAACAGAAUCACCAGUACUGGCUGAAGCUUUCUUUCAGUAGACGAGGUUUGCUGGCAUGGGUAAUCUCAUUAAGGUGCUAACCAGGGACAUAGACCACAAUGCAGCACAUUUUUUCUUGGACUUUGAAAAUGCCCAGCCUACAGAGUCUGAGAAGGAAAUUUAUAAUCAGGUGAAUGUAGUAUUAAAAGAUGCAGAAGGCAUCUUAGAGGACUUACAAUCAUACAGAGGAGCUGGCCAUGAAAUACGAGAGGCAAUCCAGCAUCCAGCAGAUGAGAAAUUACAAGAAAAGGCAUGGGGUGCCGUUGUUCCACUAGUAGGGAAAUUAAAGAAAUUUUACGAAUUUUCUCAGAGGUUAGAAGCAGCAUUAAGGGGUCUUCUGGGAGCCUUGACAAGCACUCCUUAUUCUCCUACCCAGCAUCUAGAGCGAGAGCAGGCUCUUGCUAAACAGUUUGCAGAAAUUCUUCAUUUCACACUCCGGUUUGAUGAACUGAAGAUGACAAAUCCUGCCAUACAGAAUGAUUUCAGCUAUUAUAGAAGAACUUUGAGUCGUAUGAGGAUUAAUAAUGUUCCAGCAGAAGGAGAAAAUGAAGUUAAUAAUGAGUUGGCAAAUCGAAUGUCUUUGUUUUAUGCUGAGGCGACUCCAAUGCUGAAAACCUUAAGUGAUGCUACAACAAAGUUUGUUUCAGAGAAUAAAAAUUUACCAAUAGAAAAUACUACAGAUUGUCUAAGUACCAUGGCAAGUGUAUGCAGAGUCAUGCUUGAGACACCAGAAUACAGAAGCAGAUUUACAAAUGAAGAGACAGUGUCAUUCUGCUUGAGGGUAAUGGUGGGGGUCAUAAUACUCUACGAUCAUGUACAUCCAGUGGGAGCGUUUGCCAAAACUUCAAAAAUUGAUAUGAAAGGUUGUAUCAAAGUUCUUAAGGAUCAGCCUCCUAAUAGUGUAGAAGGUCUUCUAAAUGCUCUCAGGUACACAACAAAACAUUUGAAUGAUGAGACUACCUCCAAGCAAAUUAAAUCCAUGCUGCAAUAACAGUUCUGGAAUAAGCACCUGCUGUAGACAGAAGACAGUAUUCUGCAAUGACUGAGAAUGCACAGUUUUUUAGUGAUUGCAAUUACUAUCUCAUUUACUCUUGCUUUUUAUUUCUUUCCUCUGUUCCUCUUCCCUCUUUUUUAAUCAUGUUCUUGUUCUUAAGACUUCUUUUCUGUGCCAAAAUCAGUAAAGUUAUACUCGGAAGGGAUCUUGUCCUUUUAAACAGGCCAUCUGAGGCAGCUAAAUAUGCAUUGCAUUUGGGUCUCUACUGAGGAAAAAAAAUCUGUGACUUGAACUAAAUAUUUUUAAAUGUGGAUUUUUUUUGAAAACUAAUAUUUAAUAUUGCUUCUCCUGCAUGGCAAACUGCCUAUUCUGCUAUUUAAAAACCCUUGAUGACUUUAUUUUCUACUGCCGCUUUUUUCAUGUGCAGCCAAAAUGAAAAUGUUUAAAUUAAUUGUGUUGUACAAAUGGUACCUAACACAAACUUUUUUAAAUUAGUAAGACUCUUGUUUAAAGUUUUAAGUUUGCAUUUUGACUUUUUUUUUGUAAGGAUGUAUGUUGUGUGUUUAACCUUUAUUAACUAAUGUUAAAAACUGUGAUGUGUGCGUAGAUUAUUACGUAUGCAUGUUCCUGUUUAAGAAUGGCUGUUGAUGAUAAAAAUAAAAAUCAGCUUUCAUUUUUCUAA